AUGAGAGACUUGGCUUCCUGUUUCGGUGAAUACGCCAUCCAGGUCUCCAACCAUCCCUGCGUUUCUCCGAACCUGAUUCCUUCGGUUCAGAACUCAGUGGCCUGCAUCUACAGAGUCUUCCUCUCCACUCAAAAGCAGAUCUUGAUCACCGCCACGUGGAGCCAAGGCCUGAGCUUGAGCUUCGGCGACAAACCGACAACCGCAUUCAAACUCAGCACCAGUUCCCGGCUGUUCAGAAAAAAGAGAGGAACCAAAUCAUUCGAAUUCGACAACUACAAUUUCGAUGUCUUCUGGGAUCUCUCCGCCGCCAAGUACACCGCCGGGCCAGAGCCGGUCGCCUGUUACUACGUCCUGGUCAUGGCCGAUUCCGAGCUCGCCAUUUCUCUCGGCGACAUGGCCGAGGAGGCCGCCGCCAAGAGGCUCAAAACAGGCGCCCGAGCCUCCAAGUUCUCUUUGCUCUCCCGGCGGGAACUCUUCUCCGGCCACGCCCUUUGCCUGACGAAGGCCCAGUUCUCCGAUUCCGGCCCGGCCCACGACAUUCUGAUACGGUGCAGCGGCGAGAAUGAAGGGCUAAAGCAUCCGGUUCUGUCGGUUUGCAUUGACAAGAAGACGGUGAUAUGUGUGAAGAGGCUUCAGUGGAAUUUCCGGGGGAAUCAGACGAUUUUCGUGGACGGGUUGCUGGUUGAUCUUAUGUGGGACGUUCAUGAUUGGUUCUUCAACCCUGUGGCGGGGUACGCCGUGUUUAUGUUCAGGACACGAAGCGGGUCUGACAGCCGGCUGUGGCUCGAGGAGAAGGUGGCGCAGAAGGAGCUGGAGAAGCAAGAAUUCUCCUUGUUGAUCUGUGCCUGUAAGAGCCCCUGA